GCUAAUUAGCUACUCAGCUAGGUUAGCGAAAACUCUUUUUAAACCAUCCUUAACUAGCCAGCUAGUAAUGUUUUGGUUCCAACUUGCCCCCUAAAUGAGGCCUACAAGUGUGUGUUUCUGAGGGAGAAUGGAUUGGUUUCACUGUAACAGCUGUUUUCUGAGGCGAGGGAAUAAUUUUGUAGUGUCGAGCUGCGGCCAUGUGUUUUGUGGGAGCUGCGUCAAGCCAAAUCACUGCUCUAUCUGUCGAUCCAGCUGCAGCUACUUGCCAAUAUCUGACCAGAUGAAACCUCAAGAGCAGAUGUUCUUCAAAGAUCCUGUAAACAUCAUUCAUACCCGACUGGAACGUAUUGCACAGAUUGCGACGUUCCAGAGAAAACAGAAAGACAGAGUCAUAGCCUUCCAGAAACACAAAGUUCUGGAGAUGGAAAGAAGACUAAAGGAAGUCAGUGAACAGUGCCACAGGCAGGUGUCAGAGCUCAGGAAGGAGAAUGCCGAACUGAAGAAGCCUCUCUCCCAGAGGAGGGUAUCCCCUGGGACCUUUAAAGCUAAUGGCAUUACAAGAGUGACAUUACCAGUGGCUGUGACGUCCCCAGUCACUCCCCACUCCAGGACUGUCAGCAACGCAGGUCCUGUUGAUACCAUAGAGAGGUUUCGACACUUCAGACCCAGCAUGUCUCCUCAGGAGUCAGCCACUUCUUUAUCCUCCCUGGGUUCACUGAACGAGCAUGGAUUUAGAACGCCCACCUCUGUUACCACACCAGUGAGGUCGAAUCAUGUAACUCCAAACAUUUUUCAGUUCCAGUUGUUGCCUGGGGCGGCAUUUCAGUCUCCACAGCCAUGGAAUGUGUAGCGGUCAGCUAUCUCAAGAAGACAUGUCAUAUGCAAAUGUUAAAACUACUGCAUAGAUCACAUUAGUUUUGUUGUGGUUUUUAUAUACCCUUCUUUCAGUUUGUAUAAGAUAAGGGGUGCAAAGAUAAAUUUAACUGCAGCUGCGGAUGUCAAAGACUGUUUGUGAAAUAUUUGAAGCAAUGUGUUGAAAUGUUUAAAGGAACUGUGUGUUAUUUCUUGUUUGGAUGUUAUUACAGUGCUGUAUAAAAAGAGUUUUGAUGUUAUUAUUUCGUUUUUGCGAUGGCCAUUAGAAAUCAUGGCAGUUACG